CCCUUGGGCAGUCGAACACGAACAACCGGACUCGUGCUCGAACUAUAUAUCAACAUUAUUAUCUGGAGGGCAAAUGAGAUUUGCAUAUCAUUGAAAUCCUUCGUGAAAAGCGAGGAACGCAGUAUUAGCUCCUGACCUGGCUGUUUGGUGGAUGUAGCAGCUCCACGUGCAUAUCUUAAAAACAUUAGGACGUUAAGGAAACUUUUACAAACGAGGCUUCCUUAUUUCCGGACCUCGUGGGUCUUUGGUUGAAUCCACCAUUCUGUCAUACUCUUGUUGCGACACCACAAGUGAAGGUCAUACAACUAAGCCGUACGAGAGAAUUGGAAUUCAAUUGUUUCUAACUUUGCGAAUUUCGUAAGACGCAUGGUGGAUGUGGAAACCAAGAAAGCCUACCUGUCUUUCAGCGUAAAGUAUCGUCAAACACGAAGGAUCUGCUUUUGUGUAUUAUCAAAUGGGAAGUUCAUAAAGCACAGGGAGUGAAUAUCAAGAAGAAUGAUACUGCUCAACCGAUGCAGAUAUCUGCAUAUUGCAUCCAUUCUUUUAUCGAUCUUAGGAUCAUACACCAAAGACAUCAAGAGAUGCGAAAUUGUUGCUGAUAUUGGUAUUCUUGUCGACUCGUCAGGCAGCUUGCGUAAUGAAUUCCAUAAAGAAAUCAACUUUGUUCAAGAGCUCGCAAAAGAUUUAACGGUUACUGCAGGCGGUGUGAACCUUGGUGUAGUUACUUUCAGCUACUUUGCGAAGCUCACUAUCAAGCUUUCUGACAACAGAGAUACAGCAUCCUUUUUAGAAGCAACGAAAAAAAUCCCUUUGAUGGCAUCGCAGACCUAUAUCGAUAGGGCAUUGCAAGUGGCAGAUGCAGAGCUAUUCAAUGAAGCAAAUGGAGACAGGAGAGAUGUUCCCAAUUUUCUUCUUCUUCUUACUGAUGGCAAGCAAACAAAAAGCGUUUUUGCAACAUCUCCCAGCUUUCAGGCGGCAAAACUAAGAGACAGAGGCGUGACAAUAUUUGUCAUUGGUAUCGGAAGAUCAGUUGACGAAAUUGAACUAGCGUCAAUUGCAGGAAGUCCGGACAACAUGCUGCUAGCAACAUCAUUUGAGGAAUUACUUCGUGGCGACUUCAGACAUCGUCUUGUUUCAAAAACAUGUCAAUUAGCAGCAAAAAAGCCAGCUGUGCUUUGUAGCUCUGCAGUGGAUAUUGGGUUUCUCCUGGAUAAUUCAAAUGCUGGGCAGAAUGAAUUCACUUCUGUCAAAGCAUUCUUAAAAAACGUUGUCAGUGCAUUCUCGUUCAACGAAACUGGACCAAGAGCGGGAUUGGUAACGUAUUCCAACACAGCGACGUUGCAAGUCCCUUUUGCAUUCUAUGGCAACCCUUCAAAUUUCAAAUUGGCUCUUGAUUUGCUGCUGCAGUACGGAACAAAAAGGCAACUUUCCAAGGGAUUAUCUACUGCCAUGAAUGAUCUAUUUAAAGGUGAAUCGAAAACUUCAAAGAAUCCAAAGGUUUUGGUAGUUGUUUCAACUGGAACAGAAAAUGACAGAAAUGAAACGUUAAAGGCUAUACACAAAGCAGAAUUAUUCCAUGAACUUGGAAUACGGGUGCUAGCCAUUGGCAUUGGUAAUAAAGUCAGCAGAUCCGAGUUAGCAGCCAUUACAAAAGAUGAAAGUCUGGUGACCAUAAUAAAUGACUUGGGAGAUUUAGAGGAAAAGGAAAUAUGGAGAAAUCUCACACUUGACAUCUGUUAUGGAGCAGUGCCCAAAUGUAAAACAAGACUGGAUGUUGGUAUCAUAAUGGAUGCGUCUGCAAGUUUAAGGAAAGAAUUCCACAUGGGGAAGAAAUUUGUCAAGGCGCUUAUCGACUCAUUUGGCAUUGGAGAGUUUACUACGAGGACAGGAAUAAUAACAUUCAGUCAGACUGCCAAAAUCAAUGUUUUACUGUCCCAAUUUAAAAACUUGUUUGAUAUUAAGAACGCGGUUGAUGCACUACCGAUAAUGGGUUCAACAACGAAAAUUGAUGAAGCACUAAAACUUGCAAGAGAUGAGUUCUUCGAUCCGAAAAACGGCGCUAGGGAGUCUGUAGCAAAAGUUUUGAUAUUGCUUACGAAUGGAUAUCAAACAAGAGAGGGCAAUACCGUCAACCUUGGUCUCAUUGCUGAUAGUUUACGCAAAAAAGGUGUCCUGAUAUACGUGAUUGGUAUUGGUGGAGAUAUCGUAGAUUCAGAACUUAAAGACAUUGCUGGUUCUAAAGAAAACUUCUACCAAGUCAAAACCUUUGACAAACUCAUUAGCCCAGAAUUCGUCAAAAAGUUGUCUCAUGACAGUUGCACAAAAGCAAUCGGCUCAACAAAUGUUUGUUCUCAACCACUCGAUGUUGGAUUCAUAGUUGACUCAUCUGGAAGCCUAAAAAAUGAGUACGGGAAGGAGAAAGAAUUUGUUCAAGAGUUGAUGACGACUUUUGCCAAUGCUGAAAAGAGCAUAAGAGCAGCACUAGUGUUAUUUAGCGAAAAGGCUGUUCUUCGGAGGAAGUUUUCUGAUUUUAGUAGCAAAGAUGAUUUUAACAAAAUGGUAGCUAAUUUGCCGUUGCUGGAUGGUAGGACAAGAAUCGAUAGGGCACUUGAUGUUGCUUACAAAGAGAUGUUUAAUGUGAAUAACGGCAUGCGUCCUAAUGUUGCUAAAGUUCUCAUUUUGUUGACUGACGGCAAACAGACCGAAGCACCAAACGCAGUGAAGCCAUCGAUCGCCGUUUUACCGUUUCAUAAUGAUAAAAUCAAAGUUAUUUCAAUUGGCAUUGGUUUGGCAGUAGAUCCCGUUGAACUUGAAUCAAUUGUUCUCAAGACAGAUGAUCUGUAUCUAGCAAAAGAUUUCAACGAGCUCAAAACGAAAACUUUUGUCAAAAAUAUUGCUGAUGCAUCUUGUGAAGCACCAGUUCCGAGUUGUGAAAGUAGAGGCAAUUUCCUGUUUGUCCUUGAUGGUUCUGCAAGCGUCAAAGACAGUUUUCAGUAUGAAAAAUACUUUGUAAAACGUUUUGUCCAGUCUUUGGCCGCGAGUAGCAGGGCCGGUCUCAUUACCUUCAGCAAGUUUGCCGUGAACAAUAUAAAGAUUGAUGAUUAUGAAAGAAAGAGGAAAUUGAUUGAUCAGCUUCGGUUGGUACGUCCUCUCGGAUCCAUUACCAGGAUUGAUGAAGGUUUGCUGCUAGCCAAAAUAGAGCUAGCUAAAUUGAAAGCUGAUAAAGACAAACACCCGAAAGUGGUUUUCUUGAUCACCGAUGGUUCUCAGAGUCCAGAUGAAAACGCGGUUGAUCCUGUUUCUGUUGCCAAUGAUAUUAGAAAUCUUGGUGGGCAUAUAUUUGUCGUUGGUGUUGGACCGAAUGUACAAAAGAAGGAGCUAGAAGCUAUAGCUGGACAUCCUGGCAACCUUUUCCUUGCCAAUUAUUUCAACAGUCUUCAGUCGGAUAUAUUUACAAAGCGAAUAUCAGAUCUUGUUUGUGAAAGUGUAUACACUCCUGUGCAAUGUGAACUCGAUCCAGAUGUGUUGUUUGCAAUCGGAACAACUACCGAACAACAGCAUCGCUUAGCCAAAAAAAUUGUCAAUGAAUUAGCAGGAAGGUUGAAGAUAUCGUCCACAGACUCUCAAGCAGGCAUUAUUCAGUUCAACCGCGAGGCAACACUUGAACACAAACUUGGUGUUUCGAAAAGUGCGACUGAUUUCCAGUCUGUUGUUGAUCGAUUAAGAUUUCAAGGUCCUGUUUCAAGCAUUAAGAUAGCCUUACAAAAGGCCUACUAUGAGGGAUUUCAGCAACAAAAUGGCAUGAGGGUAGAUUCACAGCAAGUCUUGGUUCUUAUCAGUGACUUAUUCACCCAAGCCUCAUCUUUUCUACAGCCUGAGCUAGAUCAGUUUAAAGAAGCUGGAAUAAAAGUGAUAACAAUCGGGCUAAGAAAUGUCAUUCUUCCCAAAGCCCUUUUGAAUGAAUUGACUCAACAAUUUGUGUUAGAAGCUACCGAAACCCAUGCAACGAGGGAGGUUCUUGACGGCGCCACAAAAAGCAUUUGCCGUGCUGCAGUUCCGAAAUGCACUAAUCUGGCAAACUUUGGCUUCAUUCUUGACUCUUCUGUCACUCCGCAUCUAUUUGAGGCACAAAAAAAGUUCUUGGAACACUUUGUGGACGUAUUUCCAUUGUCAAAAAUUGGUAACAGAGCGGGAGUUGUCCUUUACCACAACGGAGCUGAGGUUGGUAUUCCAUUCAAUUCCAAAGAGAAAGUCAGUACAUUCAAAAGUGCAGUUCGUUCUUUGCAGUACACAGGGUCAGCAACAAAUAUUGAUGAUGGUCUCCGGGUCGUGAAGGAUGUUUUGGUACCAGGCGCUCAAAAAGAUUUACCUAUACUCAUAGUCUUGCUUAUUGAUAAAUCGCAGCAAAAAACCUUGGACAGGUACUUACGAAGAUCAAUUCUCAAUGAAAUAAAGUCACUUGGCGUUACCAUUUUUACCGUAAUGGUUGGUACUAAGAGAACAGAAGCAAUUGACGAAAUCAUUGGUAACACCGAUUUGGUUUUAUCCAUUCAAGACAUGACUGUAUUGCAAUCUCCUGAGUUUCUUUUACAGCUGUCAAACAGGCUCUGUAGUUUAGUUAAGAAACCAAUGAAGUGUAAAGCUGUAGCCGAUGUUGGCUUUAUCGUUGACUCAUCAGUCCGCCUUGUUAGUCAUUACGCAAAAGAGAAAGAGUUUGUAAAGCUCGUUGCAAGAAACCUUGAUGUUUCUAACAGAGGUAGUCAUGUCGCAGUGGUGUUGUUCAGUUAUCAUUCUGAUCUGAGUAUCAAGUUCUCGGAUUACAACAAUGCAGAUGGUUUCGGUAGAGCUGUUGAUAAUUUUCCUCUAAUGAAAAACACUACUCGUAUCGACAAAGCAUUGAGGACGGCUUACAAUGAAAUGUUUAGCGAAAGAAAUGGAAUGAGGAUUAAAGUUCCAAAGAUACUUGUUCUACUUACUGAUGGUGAGCAGACUAAAGAUGCUGAUGCGGUGUCACCUUCGCAAAUCAUUCAAAAAUUCCACCAUGCCGAUAUCAAGGUAAUCGUUGUCGGUAUUGGCAGAGGUGUUAACCCAGCUGAGCUGCGCUCCUUGGUAAAAUCACAAGACGACUUGUACUUAGCCAAAGACUUUGAGCAGCUGAAAUCUACAGAGUUUGUUGAUGGCAUUACGAAGACAAUUUGUCUUAAUACAAUCAACAGAUGCGAUAGUAUAGCAGAUAUUGGCAUUUUGGUGGAUUCUUCAGGAAGCUUGCGACGACUUUUUCAUAAAGAGAAAGAGUUUGUUAAAAUUUUAGCGGAUGUGUUUGAAAUUGAUCCAGACGGCAGUAGGGUUGGCAUCAUCACUUUCAGCUAUAAUGCUGUUCUCAGUAUCAAACUCUCUAGUCUGCAAGAUAAGGCUGGUUUCAAGGAAGCUGUUCAAAAUCUGCCUUACAUGGGAUAUACAACAAGGAUUGACAAAGCCUUAGCAUUAGCUCGUGACGAGCUGUUUCUCGAGUCAAACGGAGCGCGUGCUGUCAUUCCAAAAAUACUUAUUUUGCUUACGGAUGGCAAGCAGUCGUAUGUUGGCAAUACUGUCAAACCUUCUGGCAUUGCAGCAGAAAUAAGACGUUCGUUUGGUGCAACCAUCUUUGCUAUUGGCAUUGGAACACAGGUUGAUAGAGACGAGCUGACUGAAAUUGCAAAUGGAGAGACUCGUGUGUUUUUGGCUGAAAAUUUCAAUGAACUCGUAUCAGCUGAAUUUGUUUCAAAAUUUGUUGCAAGUGCAUGUUUACCAGCAGUGCUAUUCAGUGCCCCAGCAUACACCUGUCAGUCAUUUGUUGACGUUGCUUUUGUUGUUGAUUCCACAACAUCAUCUAGAUAUGAGUACGAAAAUGAAGUCGAAUUUAUACGAUCUGUAGCAACUGCGUUCGAUUUAUCAGAAGAUGGGACGUCGUUCACAUUCACUUCGAGCUCCAGUACCAGUGAUAUUGCGCAGACAAUACAAACAAAGAAUUCAUCAGUUUUUCUUGCAGCUGUAGACAGUCUUCCAUUUCAAGGAAAAAAUCCAGAUCUUGUGAAAGCACUUGAAAUUGCAUAUACAAGUUUGGUAGUGUCUAAAGCAACAGAAACAUCUAAUGCACCACAGACUCUUAUAAUACUAACAGACCGAGCUGAGUUUCAAAUUGAUGAAAAUAAGAAAAUUCAGAGUGCUCUAGAACCUUAUUUUGAAGCUAAAGUCAAGGUAAUUCUAGUGGCAAUGACAAAGAGUAUAAGAAAAGUGUUGGCCUCGCCUGAUGAUGCAUUGCUUAUAGCGGAAGAUUUUGAUCAGUUAGCAUCAGAACGCUUUGCGAGUAAAGUUGCAAGUAUUGGAUGUAUAGAAGAAAGAAAAUGCCAAGAUAUUCUUGACGUGGCCUUAAUUAUUGACUCAUCUGGUAGUCUAAGAAGAGAAUAUAGAAAAGAGAAAGAUUUUGUAAAGCAGUUUGCAGAUAUCCUGGGAAUGUCAAAAAAUGGGACCAGAAUUGGUGUAAUUACAUUUAGCCGGCAUGCAGAGCAUAGCAUAAAAUUAGACGACUAUGACUCCACUCAAGGAUUUCAAGAAGCUGUUGACAGAAUCCCAAUAUUUGGUCAUACAACAAGAAUAGAUAAGGCUCUUAAACUUGCAAGAGACUCAUUUUUUAGGCUAGAGAAUGGAUCAAGGUUAUAUGUACCAAAAUUGACCGUUUUGUUGACUGAUGGGUCACAAACAAGGGAUAUCGACGCAGAAGAUCCUGGUGUAAUUGCAGCAGAGAUGAAAGCAGAAAAAAUGAACUUCAUAGUUAUUGGCAUUGGGAACAGAAUUAAUGAAAAAGAGCUACAAAAUAUUGCCAACGAAAAAUCUACAUUUUUCCUUGCAAGAAACUUUGAUCAAUUGAUAUCUUCAUCAUUUUUAAGGACCAUUACAAAGAUGACAUGCAAAAUAGCUGCAAAGCCGUUUGCAUGUGAAAUACGUGCUGAUCUUGGCUUUGUCUUUGAUGGCUCGGAAAGCAUUGAUGAUUCAGCGAAAAGCAGGCAAAAGGCUUUCGUUAAUGCUGUUGUUGGCAGCUUCAAAGUCAGCAAGGAGAACGCUCACGCAGGUAUUAUUGUUACAGGAAAUGUGCCAAAACUAGCUAUACGGCUGGGAGAGCACAAAAAUAUGACAAACUUCGAGGCUGCUGUUGACAAAAUGACAGCCGUGGGGGGCAAAAAUCGACUAGAUAAGGCUUUGUUGGCAGCGUAUGACGAACUGUUUAACGAUUCGAACGGGGCCAGGCUGGACGUUCCUCAGAUCCUGACGGUGAUAACGACUGCAAUGUAUUUGGACAAGGCUGAUGGCAAUUCUCUAGCUUUAGCAGCAAGUCGCUACCAUGAAGCCGGAAUUAAAUUACUUGUUUUAGUAGCAGGCAAAGACGCAAAUAAAGAGCUUCUAAACAAAUUAGUUCAGUCACCAACUGACAUAUUUUAUGUGGAGCGAUUCGAUGAACUGAGAGAGAGAACGCUUGUAGAGGCCAUAGCAAAGAGUGCAUGUAAAGAAAGUGUUGUUAAAUGCAAGAACGUCGCAAAUGUUGGUUUCAUUCUCGACUCUUCCGGAAGUCUGCGCCGUGAAUAUGACAAAGAAAAGGAAUUUGUCAAAGAACUUGCAAAAUCAUUCGGUAUAUCAGAAGCAGGAAGCCGUGCCGGUGUGAUUACGUUUAGUUACCAUGCAGAGCUGAGCAUCCCCGUUGACAAAUUCAAGAAUAUAGAUGACUUCAAUAAGGCGAUCGAUAGUAUUCCACUCAUGGGUUAUACAACGAGAAUCGAUAAGGCUCUUCGCCUUGCCAAGGAAAAGCUCAUGGUUGGUGCUCGAGAAGACGCGCCCAAAUUGGUGUUCCUUCUAACUGAUGGUUCGCAAACUCAAGACGCUGGUGCUGAAAAUCCAGAUACUAUUGCAAAAGAGCUGCGCGACCAAGGAAUAAGACUGGUUGUCAUUGGAAUCGGCAGAGGUGUAAAGCCAGAUGAACUAAAAAGAAUAGCAGGAAUUGAAAGCAAUCUCUUCUUUGCAGCGGAUUUUGAUAAGCUCAAGUCAAGCUCGUUUGUUCAAAAUGUCUCUAGUGAGGGUUGCAAGAAAGCUGAGGAUCGUGUAGAAUGUAAAGCUGUAGCCGAUGUUGGCUUCAUUGUCGACUCGUCAGGCAGUCUGGCCCGUCAUUACGCAAAAGAGAAAGAGUUUGUAAAGCUCGUUGCAAGAAACCUUGAUGUUUCUGACAGAGGUAGUCAUGUCGCAGUGGUGUUGUUCAGUUAUCAUUCUGAUCUGAGUAUCAAGUUCUCGGAUUACAACAAUGCAGAUGGUUUCGGUAGAGCUGUUGAUAAUCUGCCUCUAAUGAAAAGCACUACUCGUAUCGACAAAGCAUUGAGGACGGCUUACAAUGAAAUGUUUAGCGAAAGAAAUGGAAUGAGGAUUAAAGUUCCAAAGAUACUUGUUCUACUUACUGAUGGUGAGCAGACUAAAGAUGCUGAUGCGGUGUCACCUUCGCAAAUCAUUCAAAAAUUCCACGAUGCCGAUAUCAAGGUAAUCGUUGUCGGUAUUGGCGGAGGUGUUAACCCAGCUGAGCUGCGCACCUUGGUAAAAUCACAAGACGACUUGUACUUAGCCAAAGACUUUGAGCAGCUGAAAUCUACAGAGUUUGUUGACGGCAUUACCGGAUCUGCUUGCCUGCAAACCAUUGAGCCUUGCAUCAAUGCUGCCGAAAUUGGAUUCAUUGUCGACUCGUCUGGAAGCCUGAGGAGAGACUACGGCAAAGAGAAAGAGUUUGUGAAAAUUCUAGCCGACUCUGUAGGAAUCGAAGAAGGUGGAAGCAGAGCCGGCAUUAUCACAUUCAGCUACGAUGCUGAGCUCAGUGUCAAACUAUCAGAUUUUAGAACUACUGCACAGUUCAAUGAGAUUGUAGAUAAACUUCCGUUUAUGGGUUACACGACUAGGAUUGACAAAGCUCUCACACUGGCCAAAGACAAACUUUUCCAGCAGUCUACAAGCGCUGGUCGUGUUUUACCGAAAAUCAUUUUCUUGCUAACAGAUGGUCGACAAACAAGAGAUCAAGAUGCCGUUGACCCAGCCACAAUUGCUUCGGAGAUUCGCAUGCAGUUUGGCGCUAAGACGUUUGUCAUUGGCAUAGGAAGAAGAGUAGACCCACCCGAGUUAAAUCAAAUUGCAGGAGAUAGUUCCAACGUCUUCCUUGCUAAGGGCUUCAAACAACUCAAUUCUGCUCCGUUCGUAAACAAGGUCGCUGACAUGUUUUGCCGUUCAGCUGUACCAUUAGCGGAUCCUGGGUUGAACAUGUGUAAGUCGAGGGUAGACAUUGCUUUCGUAGUCGACUCGUCAAAAAGUAUGGCAACGCACUAUGAUGAGGCAAAACUUUUCGUAAAGGAGAUGGCAAGAAGCUUCGAUCUGUCUGCAGACGGAACUCGUGCAGGUAUCGUUGUUUUUGGCAACUCCAGUCGAGUGAGCAUGAAGUUUUCUGACACAAACAGACUUGAAGACUUUGAAGAGACUGUAGACAACCUUGUGCUGCUUGGUGGAGAUAGGAGAAUGGACAAAGCGCUUGAGCUUGCUUUCGACGGUAUUUUCAAGCCAGAACAUGGUAUGAGACCUGAAGCAGCACAAGUGAUAGUUUUGCUGACAGACGGAGUGCAGUCUAAAGAUGCUGGAGCACAGGCACUCCUGCAGGCAGCUCUGCCCCUGCACGAAUCAAAGAUCAAGGUUCUAGCUGUGGGGGUGGGAGGAAAUGUGAAAAAGGAGGAGUUGCUGAGAGCUGUCAAAUCUGAAAAUGAUAUUUACAUUGCAAACGAUUUUGAUCAGCUUUCUUCAGGAGCCUUCGUCGAUGCAGUUGCUACUGCUUCAUGCAUAAAGGGUCCAGUAUGCAAGAAUCUAGUGGACGUAGGUUUCGUCGUCGAUUCGUCUGGUAGUCUGAGGCGCGAAUACCACAAAGAGAAAGAAUUCGUAAAGAGGCUUGCCGAAAGCUUAGAUAUAUCACCAAAUGGAAGUAGAGCUGGCAUCAUCACAUUUAGCUGGCACACAGAGCAUAGUGUCAAGCUGAAUGAGCACCAGGAUGCGCGUGCGUUCAUGAAUGCAGUUGAUAGUCUCCGAAUGUUUGGCCGAACGACGAGGAUCGACAAAGCCUUGAAGAUGGCAAGGGACGAAAUGUUCAGCAAAGGAAACGGUGGCCGCGAUGGCAUUCCCAAGCUUCUCGUUCUCCUCACAGACGGGUCACAGACCAAAGACGCUGAUGCGGUAGAUCCCGCACUUAUAGCUGACCAAAUAAGAAACAGUGGGGUAAUAUUGAUUGUAAUAGGAAUUGGGAAGGAAGUAAACGAGCAAGAAUUGCUAAGCUUGGCUGGUAAGGCAUCUAAUGUUUAUCAGGCAUCAAACUUUGACGAGCUCAUGUCCAACAAGUUCAUAGAUGGUGUCUCAAAAAGCAGCUGUGAGCAGGCUGCAAAGCCGUUUGCAUGUGAAAUACGUGCUGAUCUUGGCUUUGUCUUUGAUGGCUCGGAAAGCAUUGAUGAUUCAGCGAAAAGCAGGCAAAAGGCUUUCGUUAAUGCUGUUGUUGGCAGCUUCAAAGUCAGCAAGGAGAACGCUCACGCAGGUAUUAUUGUAACAGGAAAUGUGCCAAAACUAGCUAUACGGCUGGGAGAGCACGAGAAUAUGACAAACUUCGAGGCUGCUGUAGACAAAAUGACAGCGGUGGGGGGCAAAAAUCGACUAGAUAAGGCUUUGUUGGCAGCGUAUGACGAACUGUUUAACGAUUCGAACGGGGCCAGGCUGGACGUUCCUCAGAUCCUGACGGUGAUAACGACUGCAAUGUAUUUGGACAAGGCUGAUGGCAAUUCUCUAGCUUUAGCAGCAAGUCGCUAUCAUGAAGCCGGAAUUAAAUUACUUGUUUUGGUAGCAGGCAAAGACGCAAAUAAAGAGCUUCUAAACAAAUUAGUUCAGUCACCAACUGACAUAUUCUAUGUGGAGCGAUUCGAUGAACUGAGAGAGAGAACGCUUGUAGAGGCCAUAGCAAAGAGUGCAUGUAAAGAAAGUGUUGUUAAAUGCAAGAACGUCGCAAAUGUUGGUUUCAUUCUCGACUCUUCCGGAAGUCUGCGCCGUGAAUAUGACAAAGAAAAGGAAUUUGUCAAAGAACUUGCAAAAUCAUUCGGUAUAUCAGAAGCAGGAAGCCGUGCCGGUGUGAUUACGUUUAGUUACCAUGCAGAGCUGAGCAUCCCCGUUGACAAAUUCAAGAAUAUAGAUGACUUCAAUAAGGCGAUCGAUAGUAUUCCACUCAUGGGUUAUACAACGAGAAUCGAUAAGGCUCUUCGCCUUGCCAAGGAAAAGCUCAUGGUUGGUGCUCGAGAAGACGCGCCCAAAUUGGUGUUCCUUCUAACUGAUGGUUCGCAAACUCAAGACGCUGGUGCUGAAAAUCCAGAUACUAUUGCAAAAGAGCUGCGCGACCAAGGAAUAAGACUGGUUGUCAUUGGAAUCGGCAGAGGUGUAAAGCCAGAUGAACUAAAAAGAAUAGCAGGAAUUGAAAGCAAUCUCUUCUUUGCAGCGGAUUUUGAUAAGCUCAAGUCAAGCUCGUUUGUUCAAAAUGUCUCUAGUGAGGGUUGCAAGAAAGCUGAGGAUCGUGUAGAAUGUAAAGCUGUAGCCGAUGUUGGCUUCAUUGUCGACUCGUCAGGCAGUCUGGCCCGUCAUUACGCAAAAGAGAAAGAGUUUGUAAAGCUCGUUGCAAGAAACCUUGAUGUUUCUGACAGAGGUAGUCAUGUCGCAGUGGUGUUGUUCAGUUAUCAUUCUGAUCUGAGUAUCAAGUUCUCGGAUUACAACAAUGCAGAUGGUUUCGGUAGAGCUGUUGAUAAUCUGCCUCUAAUGAAAAGCACUACUCGUAUCGACAAAGCAUUGAGAACGGCUUACAAUGAAAUGUUUAGCGAAAGAAAUGGAAUGAGGAUUAAAGUUCCAAAGAUACUUGUUCUACUUACUGAUGGUGAGCAGACUAAAGAUGCUGAUGCGGUGUCACCUUCGCAAAUCAUUCAAAAAUUCCACGAUGCCGAUAUCAAGGUAAUCGUUGUCGGUAUUGGCGGAGGUGUUAACCCAGCUGAGCUGCGCACCUUGGUAAAAUCACAAGACGACUUGUACUUAGCCAAAGACUUUGAGCAGCUGAAAUCUACAGAGUUUGUUGACGGCAUUACCGGAUCUGCUUGCCUGCAAACCACCUUGCAUCAAUGUGCCGAAAUUGGAUUCAUUGUCGACUCGUCUGGAAGCCUGAGGAGAGACUACGGCAAGAGAAAGAGUUUUGUGAAAAUUCUAGCCGACUCUGUAGGAAUCGAAGAAGGUGGAAGCAGAGCCGCAUUAUCACAUUCAGCUACGAUGCUGAGCUCAGUGUCAAACUAUCAGAUUUUAGAACUACUUGCACAGUUCAAUGAGAUUUUAAAUCAAAUUGCAGGAGAUAGUUCCAACGUCUUCCUUGCUAAGGGCUUCAAACAACUCAUCAAUUCUGCUCCGUUCGUAAACAAGGUCGCUGACAUGUUUUGCCGUUCAGCUGUACCAUUAGCGGAUCCUGGGUUGAACAUGUGUAAGUCGAGGGUAGACAUUGCUUUCGUAGUCGACUCAUCAAAAAGUAUGGCAACGCACUAUGAUGAGGCAAAACUUUUCGUAAAGGAGAUGGCAAGAAGCUUCGAUCUGUCUGCAGACGGAACUCGUGCAGGUAUCGUUGUUUUUGGCAACUCCAGUCGAGUGAGCAUGAAGUUUUCGGACACAAACAGACUUGAAGACUUUGAAGAGACUGUAGACAACCUUGUGCUGCUUGGUGGAGAUAGGAGAAUGGACAAGGCGCUUGAGCUUGCUUUCGACGGUAUUUUCAAGCCAGAACAUGGUAUGAGACCUGAAGCAGCACAAGUGAUAGUUUUGCUGACAGACGGAGUGCAGUCUAAAGAUGCUGGAGCACAGGCACUCCUGCAGGCAGCUCUGCCCCUGCACGAAUCAAAUAUCAAGGUUCUAGCUGUGGGGGUGGGAGGAAAUGUGAAAAAGGAGGAGUUGCUGAGAGCUGUCAAAUCUGAAAAUGAUAUUUACAUUGCAAACGAUUUUGAUCAGCUUUCUUCAGGAGCCUUCGUCGAUGCAGUUGCUAAUGCUUCAUGCAGAAAGGGUCCAGUAUGCAAGAAUCUAGUGGACGUAGGUUUCGUCGUCGAUUCGUCUGGUAGUCUGAGGCGCGAAUACCACAAAGAGAAAGAAUUCGUAAAGAGGCUUGCCGAAAGCUUAGAUAUAUCACCAAAUGGAAGUAGAGCUGGCAUCAUCACAUUUAGCUGGCACACAGAGCAUAGUGUCAAGCUGAAUGAGCACCAGGAUGCGCGUACGUUCAUGAAUGCAGUUGAUAGUCUCCCAAUGUUUGGCCGAACGACGAGGAUCGACAAAGCCUUGAAAAUGGCAAGGGACGAAAUGUUCAGCAAAGGAAACGGUGGCCGCGAUGGCAUUCCCAAGCUUCUUGUUCUCCUCACAGACGGGUCACAGACCAAAGACGCUGAUGCGGUAGAUCCCGCACUUAUAGCUGACCAAAUAAGAAACAGUGGGGUAAUAUUGAUUGUAAUAGGAAUUGGGAAGGAAGUAAACGAGCAAGAAUUGCUAAGCUUGGCUGGUAAGGCAUCUAAUGUUUAUCAGGCAUCAAACUUUGACGAGCUCAUGUCCAACAAGUUCAUAGAUGGUGUCUCAAAAAGCAGCUGUGAGCAGGCUGCAAAGCCGUUUGCAUGUGAAAUACGUGCUGAUCUUGGCUUUGUCUUUGAUGGCUCGGAAAGCAUUGAUGAUUCAGCGAAAAGCAGGCAAAAGGCUUUCGUUAAUGCUGUUGUUGGCAGCUUCAAAGUCAGCAAAGAGAACGCUCACGCAGGUAUUAUUGUAACAGGAAAUGUGCCAAAACUAGCUAUACGGCUGGGAGAGCACGAAAGUAUGACAAACUUCGAGGCUGCUGUAGACAAAAUGACAGCCGUGGGGGGCAAAAAUCGACUAGAUAAGGCUUUGUUGGCAGCGUAUGACGAACUGUUUAACGAUUCGAACGGGGCCAGGCUGGACGUUCCUCAGAUCCUGACAGUGAUAACGACUGCAAUGUAUUUGGACAAGGCUGAUGGCAAUUCUCUAGCUUUAGCAGCAAGUCGCUACCAUGAAGCCGGAAUUAAAUUACUUGUUUUGGUAGCAGGCAAAGACGCAAAUAAAGAGCUUCUAAACAAAUUAGUUCAGUCACCAACUGACAUAUUCUAUGUGGAGCGAUUCGAUGAACUGAGAGAGAGAACGCUUGUAGAGGCCAUAGCAAAGAGUGCAUGUAAAGAAAGUGUUGUUAAAUGCAAGAACGUCGCAAAUGUUGGUUUCAUUCUCGACUCUUCCGGAAGUCUGCGCCGUGAAUAUGACAAAGAAAAGGAAUUUGUCAAAGAACUUGCAAAAUCAUUCGGUAUAUCAGAAGCAGGAAGCCGUGCCGGUGUGAUUACGUUUAGUUACCAUGCAGAGCUGAGCAUCCCCGUCGACAAAUUCAAGAAUAUAGAUGACUUCAAUAAGGCGAUCGAUAGUAUUCCACUCAUGGGUUAUACAACGAGAAUCGAUAAGGCUCUUCGCCUUGCCAAGGAAAAGCUCAUGGUUGGUGCUCGAGAAGACGCGCCCAAAUUGGUGUUCCUUCUAACUGAUGGUUCGCAAACUCAAGACGCUGGUGCUGAAAAUCCAGAUACUAUUGCAAAAGAGCUGCGCGACCAAGGAAUAAGACUGGUUGUCAUUGGAAUCGGCAGAGGUGUAAAGCCAGAUGAACUAAAAAGAAUAGCAGGAAUUGAAAGCAAUCUCUUCCUUGCAGCGGAUUUUGAUAAGCUCAAGUCAAGCUCGUUUGUUCAAAAUGUCUCUAGUGAGGGUUGCAAGAAAGCUGAGGAUCGUGUAGAAUGUAAAGCUGUAGCCGAUGUUGGCUUCAUUGUCGACUCGUCAGGCAGUCUGGCCCGUCAUUACGCAAAAGAGAAAGAGUUUGUAAAGCUCGUUGCAAGAAACCUUGAUGUUUCUGACAGAGGUAGUCAUGUCGCAGUGGUGUUGUUCAGUUAUCAUUCUGAUCUGAGUAUCAAGUUCUCGGAUUACAACAAUGCAGAUGGUUUCGGUAGAGCUGUUGAUAAUCUGCCUCUAAUGAAAAGCACUACUCGUAUCGACAAAGCAUUGAGGACGGCUUACAAUGAAAUGUUUAGCGAAAGAAAUGGAAUGAGGAUUAAAGUUCCAAAGAUACUUGUUCUACUUACUGAUGGUGAGCAGACUAAAGAUGCUGAUGCGGUGUCACCUUCGCAAAUCAUUCAAAAAUUCCACGAUGCCGAUAUCAAGGUAAUCGUUGUCGGUAUUGGCGGAGGUGUUAACCCAGCUGAGCUGCGCACCUUGGUAAAAUCACAAGACGACUUGUACUUAGCCAAAGACUUUGAGCAGCUGAAAUCUACAGAGUUUGUUGACGGCAUUACCGGAUCUGCUUGCCUGCAAACCAUUGAGCCUUGCAUCAAUGCUGCCGAAAUUGGAUUCAUUGUCGACUCGUCUGGAAGCCUGAGGAGAGACUACGGCAAAGAGAAAGAGUUUGUGAAAAUUCUAGCCGACUCUGUAGGAAUCAAAGAAGGUGGAAGCAGAGCCGGCAUUAUCACAUUCAGCUACGAUGCUGAGCUUAGUCUCAAACUAUCAGAUUUUAGAACUUCUGCACAGUUCAAGGAGAUUGUAGAUAAACUUCCGUUUAUGGGUUACACGACUAGGAUUGACAAAGCUCUCACAUUGGCCAAAGACAAACUUUUCCAGCAGUCUACAAGCGCUGGUCGUGUUUUGCCGAAAAUCAUUUUCUUGCUAACAGAUGGUCAACAAACAAGAGAUCAAGAUGCCGUUGACCCAGCCACAAUUGCUUCGGAGAUUCGUGAGAAGCAAAAUGUCAAAAUCAUUGUCAUUGGAAUAGGAGCAAGAGUAAACAGAGAGGAACUUCUUGAAAUUUCAGGGAAUUCAUCACUUUUUCUCCAUGCAAAGAACUUUAAGCAUGUGAAGUCAGUCCCUUUUGUUAGGAGUGUUGUUGGCCAUUUUUGCGAGAUAGCGUUGGAAAAGUGUCGAAGUGAACUUGAGGUUGGAUUUGUAAUCGAUUCGUCUGCGAGCCUGUUCCGAGAUUAUCAAAAGGAAAAAGAAUUUGUAAAGAGUUUUGUCAGUCUUCUUGAAAUUACAAAAGCUGGUAAUCGGGCUGGAGCUGUGAUAUUUAGCGACAGAGCAAGAUUAAUGAUCAAACUAUCAGACUUUGUAUCUUCACAAUUUUUCAACAGAGCAGUUGAUGAUCUACCACUUCUAGGUGGCACUACACGAAUUGACAUGGGCCUAAAGAAAGCUUUUAGCGACCUUUUUUCAGUUGAUAAUGGUAUGCGACCACGCGCAAGCAAGUUGCUUGUCUUGCUAACUGACGGGAAGCAGUCUCCCGAUUCCGAUAUAGCAUCUCCAUAUGAGGCAAUGAGACCAUUCCACGAAGAAGGGAUCAAAGUUAUAGUAAUUGGAAUUGGACCCAAGGUUGAUAAGGAUGAGUUGAUAAGCCUGGUCACCGACAGAAAACAUUUUUAUCAUGCAAAAGAUUUCGACGAACUUCUGUCAAAAGAUUUUAUGAAAAAUCUCACUUUUGAUUCAUGCACAAAACCUGUUCGUGGGCCGAAGGGAGUCGAUAUAGGCUUAGUUAUGGACACAUCUGUACAUUUUCUUGCGGAUGAUUUCUCGGGAUUGCAAGAUUUUGCAGGAAGCUUAGCGCAAGAAUACAAUAUAUCACAAAAUACAAACAGAGUUGGCGCGCUACUCUUUAGUAACGAAAAAUGGAUAACGAUUCCACUUGACAAGUACUUCAAAGGCCCUGAAUUCGAAAAGAACUUGAAAAGUUAUCAACUAAUGAACAACUUGAAUACACUUGAAGAGAAGUUAGCAUUGAUCAAAAAGAAGCUUUUUGCACCUCGAACCGGGUCAAGGAUCGAUAUGCCAAAGAUUGUCGUUCUUCUCACCCAUGAAAAUUCUCUACGAAACAUCAAUGAUACGUCAGUUACAGCUGCCAUGGCACCACUGGAACAGGCUGGUAUAAGAGUUAUAAUUGCUGUAUUUGGUAAAACCAACAACUUUCCUUACAUAACGAGGAUUGUUAAAAGCCCAAAAGAUGUUUACUUGGUGGGUAGUGUGAAGGAGGCAUUACAGCCUAGAUACUUAAAAGCGAUCGCAGAUAAAUCAAUGCUACUUGCUGAUAUAGUACUGCAACAACCAUGUUCGAGAGCAUUUGACUUUGGAUUUAUUAUUGGGACAUCGAAGGACAAAGAGCGUAGAUUAACCAUGGGAAAAGUCUUCCUACAAAAGUUAUUUAAAGUGUUUGAGGGAUCUGGGAGCAAAGCUGGAGUAGCAACAUUGAAUACAACGAUAGACUCAGGCCUGUUUAUGGUAAACACCGUUGCAGAACUUGGUAACAAAUUGGAUUCAUUGCACCAUUAUCAGGGUAAAGUGAGCUCCACAGAGAUAGUGUCUUCAAUAGAAGAAGUUAUUCUCCGUAUGGCCUCAAACACAUUAGCAGCAAGAAGCAAAGUUAUAUUGAUGAUCUUGGAUGCAGAGGAAGUUGAUCUUGAUAACAUGGACAUCUUUGCCCCGUUGAUAAAAAGAGAAUUUGAAAUCAAUAACGUGAAGCUAUUGAUAUUGUCGAUCGGAAAGAAAAGAAAAGUAGACCUUUUGAGGCUUUUAACAGAUUACCAAGACGAAGUGCUAGUAUUGGAAAGAUUUGAAAAUCUGCUUGAUGAAGAGCAGACGUCAUCAGUUGCAAUAUCACUUUGCCAAGUUGGAUCUCGAUCCAAGGCAACAAGCUUCGGCUUACUCAGUGACAUGAGUUCAAAUUUAGCAAAAGAACCAGUGAAGCACUGUGGGAAUCAUGUGGAUCUGGUAAUAGCAAUAGACUCUUCAAAAGCAGACAAAGCUUCAUUCCAAAAGCAAAAAGCAAUUGCAAAGCUGUUUAUACAAAAAAUGACAUCUGUUGUACCCAGCUACUCCAUUGAACUAAUCCUCUACGGCACUAUGUCCACAUCAUCAGGUCACUUUAGUCAAAAUGACAGAAUCGAGCAAGUCAAUGACGUAAUCGAUUUCUUGCCCCAAUUCACUAGUCAAAGACGAAUAGACCGAGGACUGGUGGCUGCAUCUAACUACUUUAAGGCCAAAGGAACCAAAUCAAUGAGCUCCGUUAGAUUGCUCGUUAUGUUCACAACAGGACCACAUCCAACUAUCCAAAGAGAAGUCAUUAAGCCUGAGGAUGCAGCUAGAGCCUUGAAAGAUCUCGGUGUUAAAAUAAUAGCUAUUGGCACAGAAUUUACUCCCUACAGUCUGUUAAGAAAGAUAAGCCCCGAUAACGCUUUCAAAGCAGCACCAGCUCAGAAAGUUGACAACUUUGUCAGUUCAGUACUUCGAAAUAUCUGCGACCAGCUGCAUUCAGAGCUAAACAACGUCAAAUGCAACACCGCUGCAGAUCUUUUAUUUCUGUUGGACUCGUCAGAAAGUAUGGAAUACGAUUACAAGUCUCAGAAAGAUUUAGUCGGAGCGAUUUUGGACCAAUUCAACAUUGGAACUGGAAGGACACAAGCAGCGAUUGUUCUGUUCGGAUCCCAAGCAAAGACCGUGAUAUCGUUUAAAGACUCGCAAUCAGUUUUUGCAUUGAAGAACGCUCUUCAGGAUUCUCCUUUCGUUGGAGGCCAAAGCAGGCUUGACCUCGGUCUACGUAGAGCUCAGCAUAUCUUUAAGGGGUAUACCAGCGAAGCGCGUAGAAAUGCAUCACGAGCAAUUUUUGUUGUCACAGACAACGCUCAUAUUGGCCCACUUGGUACAUCUCCACUAUCAGCAGUAAACGAGUUGACAAAAAUGAAUAUACCGAUAUUUGUGAUUGGUGUCGGUACAGCAGUGAAUAAAAAGGAUGUUGUAAAAAUUGCAGGCAGUGAAGAUAAUGUAUUUAUCAUAAAGAAUAUAAAAUCCUUUGAAGAACAACAAGUUUCGCAGCAUGUGGUCGCUCAAACUUGCAAACAUAUCCAAGCUGCACGAAGACCUCAAACGGACAGGACAAUAGGACCAACAAGCCCACUAAACAUGAAGAGCCUGUUGAAGACAUUAUCAAAGAUAAACAAACUCUGGGACCAAAUUUCUGCUCCAAAGCAGGAAACGCAGAUGUGCAGUAUAACCAAGAAAGCGGAAAAUGCAUUAGAUCUGGCAUUUAAUGGGAAAACACAAGGACAAACUGGUUUGUUGGGGAAAGCUUUGGCUUUGAAUGCCACGAGUUUUAUAAAUCUGAUAUACGCACUCGACAUGGCGGAUGAAAUUUUGCAAAAGGAUGAGCAAUUGACACUGCUAUUGCCAACAAAUGAUGUGUUUGUCAAAUUGAACACCGAAACAAAAGACCGACUUAAGGAUCAAUGCUUCUUGAGAAGAGUUAUUCGCCAUCAUUUUCUCAAAGGAAACCAAAAGUUGAAGACGCUGAAAGAUCAAGAAGUUUUGAAUACACUUAACAAUAAGCCAGUGACGUUCUUUCAACUCGGAAAGGUCAAGAGUUUUGAUACAGCCGUUGUCGUAUCGGGCGACCAUGCUGCAGGAGACAGUGUUAUACAUGUCAUAAAUGGUCUUUUGCUCGUUGACAAAAGGCCGUUCUAUGAUCUCGUCAAGGCAAUCCCACAGCUACAAACCUUCGAUAAGUAUUUAUGCAGAUCAUGCUUGAGAUCAUAUUUUGAAGGUGGCCAGCAAGUCACCAUUUUCGCUCCGAGCAAUGCUGCAUUCGAUGCGCUUCCGACUGAAAUGAAGAAUUCUUUGCUCCUCAACCCCAAUAAGCUGAAACGCUUUAUUCUUCAGCAUACCCACAAAGGGCUCUUGCUAACCACCAAUUUGCAGUCUGGUGUUGAGUAUGGAUUGCGACCAAUGGACGGCAAAUUAUUGCGCAUAUUAAAGAAUGCAUCAGGCAAAGUAACUAUCAAUUCAGACAGCAAAAUAUUAAUUGGAGACAUCAUGACUAAUAAUGGUGUUCUUCAUGUCAUUGACAAGGUCAUUUUACCCUAGUGAAAUUUUUUUUGCAUCUGUAAGUAUUUUUUAAUGAAUUCUGGGUUUUGAUAGAAGUGAAUACAUUAGGACUAUUUAGUUACAUUUUUGAGUAAGUAUCUUACUUUGAAUAAGCUUACUUUGAAUAAGCUUACUUUGAAUAGUGAGAUAACGAUACGAAUGGGCAAGAGCAUUGACGUCUUUGCUGGUAACUUGUCUACUGUGAGCUGAACUCGUUGUAGUGACAUUACGCUUCAAGUAAAAACUUUUUAAUUCUUUAUCCAGCUGGUAUUGAGAAUCAAAUGAACAGAUUUAGAGUAAAAAAGAUGGUUUAGCUAUAGGGUGGCUGCUGGUGGUGCGUAGGACGUCAGUAAAGCACAUAAAUUUUGGUGAUGCUACCUUUUUAGUUCAUAACUGAAACAGUUUUCACAAUUACAUCUUGAAGGAAAGUUUAUUCUUGCAAUCUAGCUAAAUUUUUUUUAAAGUUUUGAUCACCAGGCCUUUUGUUCUGUUACAUCAGACCUUUAUCCUCGAAUCAGCUUUAAAGUAGAUUUUUACCAGCAAGCCUUGGAAUCGUAUUUGCGCUUUUUAACUCUUUUACCUUAAUUUACUUAAAUUUUAUGUACAUUUUCUGUGACUUUUUAAAUAAACUCAUUAGCGGUGUGCAUUUUUACUGUAUGUCGUUAAUUUUUCUAGUUCAUACUAAAGCAAAUCAUUGUUAUUGAAAAAUUCAUUUGUUAUCAAGCUA